AUGUCGUCUCAGGAGUCAAGCUUCAUCUUCCAACCUUUCAUUCUCAUCUACCAACUCCUUCAAUGGGUCCUAGAUAAGCUUUUGUCCCCGGCAGCUCCCGCGCCAGGAGCUCAGCUUGGAAAACCCAAGAUCGCCAUUAUCGGUGCGGGAUUGACGGGCGUGGCUGCUGCAAGCCAUUGUGUCGGACAUGGAUUUGAUGUGAGGAUUUUUGAGAAGGGGCAUAGGAAGGCGUUGGGCGGGAUUUGGAGUCGAGUAAACAGCACCUCAGGUCUCCAAAUCCACAGCAUAAUGUACCGCUUCCACCCAUCCAUCCGCUGGUCAGGCGGCUACCCCAACCAACAGCAAAUCGUCUCCCAAAUAACCACCCUUUGGAAACGCUACGGCCUCGAACACAAGACUCAGUUCAACACUCCCGUUGAGAAAGUCUACAAGGACGAGCAAGGACGCUGGAUAAUCAACGACCCAUCUCUCGGCCGCUACGACGGCAUCAUCGCGGCGGUAGGCACGUGCGGCGAGAACAAAAUGCCGCAUAUCCCUGGACAGGAGAAGUUCAAAGGCGAGAUCUAUCACUCGAGUCAAUUGACAGGUAAGCAGGCUAAGGGGAAGAAGAUGGUUGUCAUUGGCGGUGGUGCGAGUGCUGUUGAGGCGUUGGAGUUCGCAAGUCAUGAAGAGGCAGAGAAGACUGUGAUUCUCGCCCGCAGUGACAAAUGGAUUAUCCCACGGAAUCCAAUUGUCAAUAUGGUAUUGAGCUUCAACAUCUUUGGCGGGGAAACGAUAUUCUCUUGGAUCCCGGAGUUGUUAUUGAAGAAAUUCUUCUACCGCGAUCUUCAAGAUUUGGCCCCCAGCGAAAAGGGAUUGUUCACGGGGACGCCAAUGGUCAAUUCUGAUGUUAUGGAAAAGAUUCGAUCGGGGCAAGCAGAGUGGUUGCGCGGCGAUAUUCUAGGGUUCACUGAAACGGGUAUCAAGUUCAACCACCGCGGGAAAGGCGUCCCCACCAACGGUCCUGGUAGGGAAAAGCUCAUCGACGCCGAUAUCGUCGUAAUGGCUACUGGUUUCGACCGACCCAGCCUCAACUUUCUUCCCGAAGACUCCUUCGGUGAACCUUACAACCCGCCGAAUUGGUAUUUACAGACCUUCCCACCGUCCCACGUCUCUGUGUCAGCGAUAAACUGCACGUAUAUCAACGCGAUCGGCUCAGUUGGUAACUGGCACAUUGGAAUCUAUACUCGGAUACUCUUGAUGUUCCUGUCUGAUCCGCUGACUCGCCCAAGAGCGUUCUGGAUGGAGAGGUGGAUUGAUAUGACUAGGGUGCUGAAGAAAUUCGCACCGACGGGAGCCUUUGACUUCUUCACGUAUCUGGAGUUGAUCUGGUGGUUUACAUUCUGUAUUGUGAUCAAUCCGUUCAGGUGGAAGUGGGCCCUCUUUGUUUUCUGUGGGGUGGGAAGAUGGCUGCCAAAGAGAAUUGUGGAGGCGGAGGAUAAACUUAGGGAUAGAUUGGGGGUGAAGAAUGGCGACAAUUAUGAUGUAGGUAAGAGCUUUUAG